AUGGCAACAGAAUACCCCCACCGAAUCGCCCUCCUAGGCCUCGGCACAAUCGGCCUCUCAAUGCUCGCAAUGCACCUCCGCCGCCCAGAUACCAGCAUAACAGUCUACGACCCACGACCCGACUACGAAUCCCAAAUCCGGAGCACACUCCCCUCCCUCCUCGAUUCCCCCGAUUCAACAUCCCUAAUCGACGACCUAAUCCGUACAUCCCGCCUAAAACUAGCCACCACACUGCCGGAAGCCAUCCAAAACGCAACAAUCGUCCAAGAACAGAGCCCGGAAGUCACAUCCUCGAAACAGGCUCUCUGGAAGGAAGUCGCCGGUCUCGCAGACCAAGAUACCCACCUAUGGAGUAGUUCGUCUGGAAUUCCCGCGUCGGCGCAAGCAGCCGGGUGCGAGGCUGCCGACCGUGUUGCUGAGCGGUUAGUCAUCGCACACCCGUUCAAUCCGCCGCAUCUGAUGCCGCUUAUUGAGAUUGUGCCUGGGCCUGAGACUAGUGUUGAGGAGGUUGAGUUUGUGAAGAAGUAUUUCGGCGAUAUACCUGGUCCGGGGGCUUCGGCUGGUGCUGACGCGGGUGCUUCGAGCGGGGAUCAGUCGGCUUCGCAGCAUUACCGACCUAUCACGCUGCACAAGGAAAUUCCUGGGUUUGUGGGGAAUAGGCUUGCUUUUGCGUUGCUGAGGGAGGCGUGUUAUCUUGUGGGGGAGGGGGUUGUUUCGGCGAAGGAUUUGGAUUCUCUUGUUACGGCUAGCUUGGGGCCGCGGUGGGCUGGUAGUGGUGUGUUUGAGAGUUAUCAUGCCGGUGGUGGGGAGGGGGGAAUUGGGGCGUUUUUGCAGAAGCUUGCACCGACGAUUCAGAAUGUGUGGGGGGAGUUGGGGCAGGUUGAUAUUGAGGGUGAGCAAGCGUGGAAGAAUUUGGUUGUUAAGCAGACUGAAGAUGCUUAUGGGCCAUAUACUCCCGAGACCAGGAAAAAGAAAGAGGAAAUGUUGAGGGACGUUGUAGAGAUGCAGAAGAAGAAAUGGGGGGAGUUGUGA